AUGCCAGGCGCAGAUAAAACAGAAAAUAAACUUUUAUCAAAAGAUCCACCUGAUAUUGAGAAUCUUCUUGCAUUAAAUCCAAAAACAAAACGAUAUGCAAAUUCAAGACCAUCAGUACAAACUGUAAAAGAUAAAAAACAUUGGAAACGUAAUGACGAACAUACAUGUGCAAGUGGUUGUAGUAAAGAUUUAAGUCGAAAUUUUCUCGAUGUUAAACAUACAACAUUAAGCGAACGUGGAGCUUUACGUGAAGCAUCAAGAUGUCUUAAAUGCGCUGAUGCACCUUGUCAAAAAUCAUGCCCAACAUCAAUUGAUAUAAAAUCUUUUAUAACAUCAAUUUCCAAUAAAAAUUAUUAUGGAGCUGCUAAAGCAAUUUUAUCCGAUAAUCCAUUAGGUCUUACAUGUGGUAUGGUCUGUCCAACAAGUGAUCUUUGUGUUGGUGGUUGUAAUUUAUAUGCUAGUGAAGAAGGUCCAAUUAAUAUCGGUGGUUUACAACAAUUUGCUGUUGAUAUAUUUAAAGCAAUGCAUAUUCCAGCUAUAAGAGAUCCAAGGGAUGAUGGUACAAAUUUAAGUGAUAAAUAUUCAAGUAAAAUAGCAUUAAUGGGUUGUGGUCCAGCAUCAAUAUCAUGUGCAACAUUUCUUGCUCGACUUGGUUAUAAAGAUUUAACAAUAUUUGAAAAACAAGAUUAUUUAGGUGGUCUUAGUUCACAAGAAAUUCCUCAAUAUCGUUUACCAUAUGAUGCUGUUAAUUUUGAAGUUGAACUUAUGAAAGAUUUAGGCGUUAAAAUUAUACGUAAUAAACCAUUAACAAUUGAAAAAGAUGGUUUAACAGUACAAAAUUUACUUAAUGAACAUGGAUAUAAAGCUGUUUUUCUUGGUAUUGGUCUUCCAAAUCCAAAUAUUGAUCCAAUUUUUAAAGAUUUAACUACUGCUGAAGGUUUUUAUACUUCAAAAAAUUUUUUACCAAUAGUUUCCAAAUCAAGUAAAGCAGGAAUGUGUGCAUGUAAAGCUUCAUUACCUGUUUUAAGUGGUAAUGUUGUUGUACUUGGUGCUGGUGAUACAGCAAUGGAUUGUGCAACAUCGGCUAUACGUUGUGGUGCAACAAAAAUAUUUGUUUGUUUUCGAAAAGGUUUUAAUCAGAUGCGUGCUGUUCCUGAAGAAGUUGAUGUAGCAAUUGAAGAACGAUGUGAAUUUCUUCCGUUUUGUUCUCCAAGACAAGUUAUUGUUAAAAAUGGAAAAAUAACAUCAAUGGAAUUUGUUAAGACUGAACAAAACGAAUCAGGUGAUUGGAUUGAAGAUGAAGAUCAAACAAUUCGUUUGAAAUGUAAUUAUGUUAUCUCAGCAUUUGGUUCAACAUUGAAUGAACUUUCAGUUAUUCAAGCACUUGAACCUGUACUAUUAGAUAAAUAUAAUUAUCCAGUUGUUGAUUUAAAAUCAAUGUCUACAAGUGAACCAGGUGUCUUUUGUGGUGGUGAUUUAGCAAAAAUAGCUAGUACAACAGUUGAAAGUGUUAAUGAUGGAAAAACAGCUGCUUGGCAUUUACAUAGAUAUUUACAAGGUGAUGAAACUCUUCCUCUCGAACCUCAAUUACCAAAAUUCUAUACAGCAAUUGAUAAAGUUGAUGUUAGUAUUGAAAUAUGUGGUAUGAAAUUUCCAAAUCCAUUUGGACUUGCUAGUGCACCACCUGUAACAUCAGGUCCAAUGAUUCGACGAAGUUUUGAGAGUGGAUGGGGUUUUGUUGUAACAAAAACCUUCGGACUUGACAAAGAUCUUAUUACAAAUGUAAGUCCACGUAUGGCUCGUGGUACAACAUCAGGUCAUGUAUAUGGUCCAGGACAAGGUUCAUUUAUAAAUAUUGAACUUAUUUCGGAAAAAACAUGUGGAUAUUGGCUUCGUUGUAUAACAGAAUUAAAAAAAGAUUUUCCUGAUCGAAUUGUUAUUGCAUCGAUUAUGUGUAGUUUUGAUGAACAAGAUUGGACGGAAUUAGCAAAAGUAACGGAAGCAUCUGGUGCUGAUGCAUUAGAGUUAAAUCUUUCCUGUCCACAUGGAAUGGGUGAAAAGGGUAUGGGUUUAGCUUGUGGUCAAAAAACUGAUCUUGUUUACAAUAUUUGCAAAUGGGUUCGUGCUGCUGUUAAAAUUCCAUUUUUUGCUAAAAUGACACCAAAUAUAACUAAUAUUGUCGAUAUUGCUCGUGCAGCAAAAGAAGGUGGAGCUGAUGGUGUUACAGCAACAAAUACAGUCAGUGGUCUUAUGAGUAUACGACAUGAUGGAACAGCAUGGCCAUCCGUUGGAAACAGUAAAAAAACAACAUAUGGUGGUGUUUCAGGCAAUGCUAUUCGACCCAUUGCUUUAAGAGCUGUUUCAGCAAUAGCUCGUGCUCUUCCAGGAUUUCCAAUCCUUGCAACUGGUGGUAUUGAUUCAGCUGAUGCUGGUAUGCAAUUUUUAUAUGCUGGAGCAUCUGCACUUCAAGUUUGUAGUGCAGUACAAAAUCAAGAUUUUACAUUAAUUGAUGAUUAUUUAACUGGUUUACAAGCAUUACUUUAUUUGAAAUCACUCGGUUUAGAAGGAUGGGAUGGUCAAUCACCUCCAACACCAAAACAUCAAAGGGGUAAAGCAAUUCUUGUUAAAGAUCUUGUUGGUUCACAUUUACCAGUAUUUGGUGAAUAUCGAAAAAAACGUGAGGAAAUAACUCAAAACUUUUUGAAUAAAGCCGAUUUACUUGAUGAACAAUUUCAACCGGAACAAGUUCGUCCAGCACGAGAAUCACAAACAAAAGUUCCUCGUUUAGUUGAUGUUCGUGGUAUAGCAUUGGAUCGAAUAGGUGAUUUUAAAGACUUAGAUCCUCGACAACCAUCUGUGGCUAUUAUUGAUGAUGAUUUAUGUGUUAAUUGUGGAAAAUGUUAUAUGACUUGUAAUGAUUCGGGUUAUCAAGCUAUAACAUUUGAUCCAAUAACACAUAUUCCACAUAUUACUGAAGAUUGUACUGGAUGUACAUUAUGUACAUCUGUUUGUCCAAUUAUUGAUUGUAUUACGAUGGUACCACGAACAUCAGUAUAUGAUAUAAAACGUGGUUUUACAAAACAAAGAAUGGACGAAAAGACAUCAUCACUUGGUGUCGUACAAUAA